AUGUCCUCCAUCGAUCCAGUCGUCGUCAUUGACGGCAAGGGACACCUUCUUGGUCGCCUGGCCAGCACUGUUGCUAAGCAGCUGCUCAACGGCCAGAAGAUCGUCGUUGUGAGAUGUGAGGCCCUCAACAUCUCCGGCGAGUUCUUCCGCGCGAAGCUCAAGUACCACGCCUACCUUCGCAAGAUUACUCGCUUCAACCCCACUCGCGGAGGUCCCUUCCACUUCCGUGCCCCCUCCCGCAUCUUCUACAAGGCCGUCCGCGGAAUGAUUCCCCACAAGACCCCCCGCGGUGCUGCUGCUCUGGAGAGACUCAAGGUCUUCGAGGGUGUUCCUCCCCCUUACGACAAGAAGAAGCGCGUCGUCGUUCCCCAGGCUCUGCGUGUCCUUCGCCUCAGACCCGGCCGCAAGUACUGCACCGUCGGUAGACUCAGCCACGAGGUUGGCUGGAAGUACCAGGACGUUGUUGCCAGACUUGAGGAGCGGAGAAAGGUUAAGAGCAGCGCCUACUACGAGCGCAAGAAGGCCGCCCGCCGCCAGCUCGUCCAGGCCCAGAAGUCGGCGGGUGUCGAUGAGAAGACCAAGAGCCAGCUUGCUGAGUACGGAUAUUAG